GAUUAAGGUAGGUGUGUGCGGGGCGGGUACUGAAUGGGUGGGGCCUUGCUCCGGUUUAUCUCUGGCGCUGACUAGCGACCCAGAGGCGCUGAGCAGAUUUUUAUCUAUCUUGCUUGUGGCGCGGAUGGAGGGCCUGGCAGUGCGACUGCUGCGCGACAGCAGACUGCUAAGAAGAAAUUUCCCAACUUGCUUGUCUUCUUGGAAGAUUCCUCCUCAUGUCCCCAGAUCUUCUGGGUCAGAAGCUCUACUCAAUACAACAAAUAAUGGAGUGCCCUUUGUUUCACUGCAAACAUUUACAGAUGAGGAAACGAUGAUAAAGAGUUUGGUUAAAAAAUUUGCUCAAGAACGACUUGCACCUUUGGUUUCAACCAUGGAUGAAAAUUCAAAAAUGGAGAAAUCAGUAAUACAAGGAUUAUUUCAACAAGGGUUGAUGGGAAUUGACGUUGACCCGAAAUAUGGAGGUACAGGAGCUUCAUUUUUUUCCACUGUGCUCGUGAUAGAGGAGUUAGCCAAAGUGGAUGCAUCGGUGGCUGUCCUUUGUGAGAUCCAGAACACACUAAUUAACACACUGAUUAGAAAAUUUGGAACAGAAGAACAAAAGGCCACCUAUUUGCCUCAGCUCACUACCGAAAAAGUAGGAAGUUUCUGCCUUUCAGAGGCUGGAGCAGGUAGUGACUCAUUUGCUUUGAAGACCAGAGCUGAUAAAAAGGGCAAUUAUUAUGUCCUCAAUGGGUCAAAGUUGUGGAUCAGCAGUGCUGAGUAUGCAGGGCUCUUUCUGGUGAUGGCGAAUGUAGACCCUACCGUUGGAUAUAAGGGAAUUACCUGCUUCUUAGUAGAUCGUGAUACUCCAGGCCUUCAUAUAGGAAAACCCGAAAACAAAUUGGGGCUCAGAGCUUCUUCCACCUGCCCAUUAACAUUCGAAAAUGUCAAGGUUCCAGAAACCAAUGUCUUGGGACAGAUUGGACAUGGCUAUAAGUAUGCCGUAGGGGGUCUUAACGAAGGUAGGAUAGGAAUUGCUGCACAGAUGCUGGGACUAGCACAAGGAUGUUUUGACUAUACUAUUCCAUAUAUUAAAGAAAGGAUACAAUUUGGCAAAAGAGUAUUUGAUUUUCAGGGCCUCCAACACCAAGUGGCUCACAUGGCCACCCAGCUGGAAGCUGCAAGAUUACUAACAUACAAUGCUGCUAGGCUUGUAGAAGCUGAAAGGCCAUUCAUAAAAGAAGCAUCAAUGGCCAAAUACUAUGCAUCAGAGAUUGCAGGACAAAUAACGAGUAAAUGUAUCGAGUGGAUGGGGGCAGUAGGCUAUACCAAAGACUACCCUGUGGAAAAAUACUUCCGAGAUGCAAAGAUCGGUACGAUAUAUGAAGGCACUUCCAACAUCCAGUUGAACACCAUUGCGAAGCACAUCAAUGCAGAAUACUGAUGUCCAUGAGAGUGGGACCCCUUCCUGGCGCCACUGCUGCUGCUUCACUUUGGCACGGAGAUCCACUUUUAAACUUGGGAAAUACACACCUAUAUUUUUUCCAAAACCGUUUUUAAAGUUCUAUACAUAUAUAUUUUUCUUAAUUUGGACAAAGUCUCACUCUGUCACCCAAGCUAGAGUGCAGUGGUGCCAUCUCAGCUCACUGCAGCCUCGACUUCCUGGGUUCCAGUGACCCUUAUGCUUCAUCCUCUCAAGUAGCUCGAACUACAGGUGUGCAUCACCACGCCUGGCUAAUUUUUGUGUUUUUAGUAGAGAUGGAGUUUUGCCAUAGUGCCCAGUCUGAUCUAGAACUCCUAGCUUCAAGGGAUCACCCAGCUUGGCCUCCCAAAGUUCUAGGAUUACAGGCAUGAGCCACUGCGCCUGGCCUGAUACCUAUAUUAUCAUUCUAGUUUCAGAGAAUACAGAAGUUCCAUUCCAUCAUUUGGAAAAAUAAAGGGAUAUGAAGUACAGCAUUACUUAGAGAAAUAGUUACUUUAUAUUCCUAUUAAAUCUUAAUCUUGUGGCAUCUGAGAAAAAUUUGUUAUAUUGUAGGAAAUUUUUACCCACCACUUUAUAGAUUCAACUCUAAGUUGCAAGUGAGGUCAAAACUGAUAAAAAUUUAUUUUGAAAAAUCUAAAAAUUCUGGUUUUAAAUAUGAGAAUCAAUGGAAAAUAAAGUUAUAAUUUUUUAGGUCAUAUAAUUGAAGAAAAUACUGUUUUAACGAUAUAAAGCAAUAUGACUUGUUACUAUAAUUAACCUUUAUAAAAGUUACAUUUCAUGAUGGUUUCAGUAGGUCAUUUUAAAAACAAAUCUCUGCAUUAGUUUUCAAGUAUAAGGUUUAAGUAAUUGGUUUAAUAAUCAGGAAAUAUUCAAUACUCUGUUACAAUAUCUAUUCUGUGCACUAUUUUUCAGUUGAUCAUGUCUGUAUUUUAACUGAAUACUGUUUCUUCAGACAUGGUUAUUGGACUUUAUCCUGAAUAACAGUUCAGAAAUUGGGUUUUAGUUCAGUGAUUCUCAAGAGAAAGAUCUCUUGCCCAUUAAGAAGUAUAUGAAAAUUUCAUAAGGAAUGAGGGAGAGAAGGGGGCUGUAGAGUUUGAAAAAGCAUAUUCAAUAUUAAAAUAAUUUUAUACUUGGGAAGGCAAAAUGAAUCUAUCAUUUUGCAAUAUAGGUAAUAAACAGGCAAAAUGCAAUUAAAAUGUAUAGCUGGUUGUAUUAGUCUGUUUUCACACUGCUGAUAAAGACAUACCCAAGACUGGGAAGAAAAAGAUUUAAUUGGACUUACAGUUCCUCAUGGCUGGGGAGGCCUCAGAAUCAUGGCAGAGGUAAAAGGCACUUCUUACAUGGUGGUGGCAAGAGAAAAUGAAGAAGAAGCAAAAGUUGAAACCCCUGAUAAACCCAUCAGAUCUCAUGAGACUUACUAUCAUGAGAAUAACAUGGGAAAGACCUGCCCUGUGAUUCAAUGAAUCCCACAACACAUGGGAAUUCCGGAAGAUACAAUUCAAGUUGUGAUUUCGGUGGGGACAUGGCCAAACCAUAUAACUGAUGAUACCACUGCUUCAGUAUUAGGGAUUCUCAGUCAGAAGAGACCCCUCUGUGGUACAGUUCCUAAGUCCCCUCAGGAGGAAGGUGGACAACAGAGAAAUUAGAGUUUUGAUAUUUCUGAAAGAGGAACACGAGUUAGAGAUGAAAAAUGUUUGAAGGCUCAUGUAGUUGCUUUAAGUAGUCAUUACUGUUAAAUGAGACACAUUUUAGUACUUCAAUGAAAGGACAAUGUUUAUUUAAAAAAAAAACCUGACAUUUCCAGAGUAAUUUUGCUUUACAUAUUCAUGUUUAUUGAAUUGGACUAAUUUCUAUAAUGCAAAUCAGAGUUAAAUAUUUAAAAUUGUGUAAAUACAAUUGACAUUAAAAUGCUAGGAAGAAACACGGACCUUGAAUCCAGAGAGAUAAAGUCUACUUGCUUUCAAAUGGAGAGAUGAUGAAAACCCACUCAUUCAGUCUUUCCGAAUAAAAACACAGUAAUCUGAUAAGAGUAGGAGAUGAAUUAAAUACCCUACAGGGGCCUCAGACAUCUUCAAUUUUUGUGAUUAUGUGAAAGAGGUGGACUUUACAGAUAAUGGAGCAGAAGCCAACAUUAGUAAAAAGAAUCCUGACUUCUUCCCAUAGAAUUAGAAACUCGAAAGUUCAAACUAGCAUCAGAGAGCUUCCCAUUUGCAUCUGGACCUUGAAUUUAUAUUUACUGAUCGAGCUCUAAUUUGUAUGUAUAUUUUGUGCAUAUUCACAAAUAACAGUUAAAAUUAAUUAUAUUAUGUGUUAUAGUUAAUAUAUGUACCCACCUUCUUCCGUUAGUGAAUCCGUGAAUGGUAAAACAUGUUAUUUUGUCAUUUUUCCAAAGAGGAUGUUGUGGGUUUUCCCUGUAGUUCUUCCAUUAUAGCUUUUCUUUUGAUAACCAUGACUUCAGGAGCUUUAAACCUAUCUAUCUUGCGUUUGUGUCUGGUGGAGAACCAGCCAUUAGCCUCCUGAAGCCUGCCAUCAUUGUUAAUAUGACGAUUGGCCUGUCCUGGAGCUCAGAAAGUAAAGAACUGCUUGAGCAGAGGUGUGUGGGCUGUACUGGAUUCCACCCAACUGCCAAGUCAGUAUUGUUAGAGAUUUCAUUUUACAACACAAAAAAUGAACCUGUGUCAAGCAUUUUAAAAUCAUGGAAAGUGAAACCUAGAAAGACCUUAGAGGAUCAGCCAGCCAACACUCUCAUUUUAAAAAUGAAGGGUUCCUAGCACAGAUUACUUGCCCAAGAUUAUCCAGGAACAAAGACAAGAAUCCAAAUAUACUUGGGGACAAAAGAAUUAGUCCCCAAAUUCAGUAUUCUUCCUAGCAUUAAACAUUGUCCCUUUCAACAAAUUUUGGAUUUCAUUCUUAAUAUAUUUCAGUACUCUUGUUGAUUUAUGUUAAACUGAUAAAGAAUGAACAUUUCAGAAGUGUUGAUAUUGAUCAGUGUUAUUGCUUACAUAUAUGAGUCACUUGCCAAAGAUACUGGCAUUUAGCAAGCUCUCCUCAGCUGUAACCAGUAUGUCAAAUAUGAAGAUCAUUGUGUGGGAUCCUUUGGUUUCAUUGUUAUGAUGUAUUUUAUAAAUGUGCCAGUUAUAUCCUUGUUUAUGUAUUUUUGCUGAUCUUUCAUAAAGCAAAAGUUUUGUUUUAAUGGAAUAUAUUGGAUUGUAUUCAAUGUUGCAAAAUCAAUAUUCUAUAGUGAAUGAAAAAAAUAAAGGACUGAAUUAACUGGA